CCGACCAGGGGGAGGGGAGAAUGCACGCUCCUUUCACACAGAGAGAGGUGGUAGGAAGGAAGGCAGGAAGGAGGAAAUGAGAGACAGGCGCGAGCAGAAGAGCACAAUGAAGGACAAUCUUUUCCCAACCGUCCAACUCUGCCAUUCCCACAUGCGCUGACAGAGAAGGAGAGAGGGAUAGAGCGAGAGAGGGAGGGAGAGAAGGGGGAUGAGAAGUGAAGUGGAGGAGCAAUAGCAUUACAAAAGGAAGGAGGGAAGGAGAGAUGAAGAGCAUGCUCGCCGGCUGAGACUUUGUGAAUUAACCGAGUCUAAGGAGCAGAUCAGCGGAGGCGCACGCUUCCCUGGAGUGGAGGUACGAGGAGGAAGUGGAGCCAAGAGGAGUGAUCGGCUGGAGCAGAAGAACCAUUGACAUUACUCCUCUCCUGGAGCGUUGGCUUCUAGCCUGGAUGGAUUAUCAACACGGUGCUCUUAUGAAGGAAGCCUAACUAUUUAUGCUUGUGUUUGGUUUGAAACAACAGAACAUGAGGAUUGGACAAAAAAAAAGUGCAGUGCAGAAGAAUUGUUGCGUUGUUGAUCAAAUGUUUGUGGCUGAUUUUUACUUUUGACUUUGUGGAGAUAAGCCUUGCUUAAGUUAUUAUCAACGAUCCAACCAUAGUUUUUAAUAUUCAAUAUUCAGGUUGUUUUUAUGCAAGUUUUUAAACCUCUUUUAAUGUUCAGUGACUAGUUGUUUUCUAUUGUCUUCUGUUAGCUACAGUAACGUACCGUUGAAGCAACACAACAACUCGAGUGUGGUAUGUCCCAGUCGGGGUGAGUGCAUGGAGCCAGUGCUGUCAUCAUUGAUCGGGACUGUAGGGCUGGCUGGCGCAACGCAGACCCAACUUUGAUCAUUUCCUGAAGCCUAUUGAUCGCUGUGCGUGUGUGUCUGUGUGUGUAGCAUCUGUAGCUGGGUCUCUGCUGGAUGGAGUAGCUCUCAUAUGGAGACGUGUGGCCGCCCUGCAUGCCUGUUUGAUUAUCAGAUGUCUAGCCUCUUCUCUUUUCUUUUUUUUAUCCGGUGAAUUCUGCUGUUGUUAGGUGAACAUUUAUUUACGCAGGCCUUUCUUUUGAUGUCUGUUGCCAUGGCAACUGUAGUCGCAAGCAGACGGAACAAGAUGUAAAGUUUCUUGUUUUUCAUUGUCUAUUCUGCCUCCUUCUUAUAAAAAUCGAAUAGAAAGGAGCUGGUGCUUGUUCAUAUAACGGGGUACGUGUCUGUGUGGCGCGCGAGCGGACAGUGGACUGUCGUGCCCUGGCUGGAACUGCUUUGGUAUUCACAAGGCUGUGUGUGGAGGCUGUCUGGUUUCCGACCGCGAGUCAGGGUUGUUUAAGGACUCCCCUCCCUCCCUGCACAGUGUCGUAGUCGCACGGCAGAGUCAAACCGGGCUUUUGUCACUGCUGCCUAAAUCACUGCUGCUCACAUCACCCCUUUUUCAAAAGAAAAGAAUGAACACAUUAAUUCAUAUAGUUUUUUAGGGAGAUUUGAUUGCAUGAAUCUGAUUUAGAUUGGCAGUUUUACUUGGAUGGUGCCGAUACUCUAUACUGCUGCUUCUAAUGUCUUUAUGUUUGUAAAGCUCCUCUAGUUGUUUUCUAUUGGUGUGGUAAACUCAGGAUGUCCCUUUUAGGUAUAGGAGUCCACUUUUUCUCCUCUCAUCUGACCUGACCUGUUCUCCCUCUUCGUUGCUCUACAUUUGUCCUUGGCCACUGCAAAGGUUGUUUCAAGUUAGGGAGUCUCAAGGUCAAACCACUCCCGUCCCCCCCUCCUCUCUUUGAGCUUAGUGUUCCUCUGCUGUGUUUUUUAUAACUUCUACAGCCAUACUCUGUACGGUCUGGGUGCUCCCUCCUGGGGUGCUACAUGGCGGGCCAGACGGAUGUCUAGCUAGUGUCUGCCCACGUUCCUCCACGGGGCUAGACGGGUGUAGGCGAGCAUCAUCUGUCCCCUGGCGAUGCGGGGCACCCACAACAAGCUGUUGCUCUCGGUCACACUAGCAUCUUGAUGUGCUAGAUUCAAGGAUUUGGUUUGCUGUGAGCGUCAAACAUUCAUGGGGGUUGACCAGCGUCGUUAAAGGGGGCAGGUUUUAUAACGGUUGCAUUACAUACCUUUUCUGCUCAGAGGGUCUUGCUGUGUGGCCCGGAGACUCAAGAGACUGUUGUUUGCCUUUUAGCUGGAGCUAUGCAUUGUGUGCUGGUCAGUAUGUGCACUAGACUGUAGAAGAUCUAAGAGAUUACUCUGUGCUCAGCAGAUCUGAAAGCCAAGAUAAGAAAGGAAGUAUGGGCGGGCGGGGUUGUAGUGGUGGUGCUUGGUGAUAUCUCACUGGGCUUGGUGGUAUCUCACUGGGCUUGGUGGUAUCUCACUGGGCUUGGUGGUACCUCAUUAGGCUUGGUGAUAUCUCACUGGGCUUGGUGGUAUUACAUUGGGCCUGGUGGUAUCUCAUUGGGCUUGGUGGUAUCUCACUGGGCUUGGUGGUAUCUCAUUGGGCUUGGUGGUAUCUCAUUAGGCUUGGUGGUAUCUCAUUAGGCCUGGUGGUACCUCAUUAGGUAUCUUAUUGGGCGUGGGGAUAUCUCGUUGGGCUUUGUGAUAUAGUAUUGGGCUUGAUGGUAUCAUAUUGGGCUUGGUGAUAUCUCAUUGGGAUUGAUGAUAUCUUAUUGGGCAUGGUGAUAUGUCAUUGGGCUUGGGGGUAUCUCAUUGGGCUUGGUGGUAUCUCAUUGGGCUUGGUGGUAUCUCAUUGGGGUUCGGGUAUCUUAUUGGGCUUGUUGGUUUCUCAUUAGGCUUGCUGGUAUCUCAUUGUGCUUGGUCCUAUAUUUUUGGGCAAUGGCAAUGCACUUUUCUCAGGUAUUAUUGCAACCCUUUUUCUUUUUACUUUGAACAAGACUGUUUCCAUGGCAGCAGCAAGACAAAGCAUAAGCAGGCUUGGCAGGGGAUUGUUCAUCAUUAAUUAUUAGAGUUGGGGGCGUCGGCUUCACACUGAGCUUAGAUGAUCCUUCAGCCGCAUUCAGGGAAUCUUGGGUCAGACGUUAAGAAACUGACCAAUCAGGGCUCAUUGCCAUCAUAUCAAAGCCCGGCGGUGGUCCCCGUCAUCGCCAGCCAAUGACCUAUAUUCUCUAGUGUUACAUCACCACCGUGCUACCGCAGUACGGCGCGGCGCUGUACCAGACCUAGGCAACAUCUCAGACUCGCUAAUGCAACUUCAACCGAACUCUCAAUGGUGCUCUUAACACACUUACACCAAGGUGGCCAGUUUAUGUUUUACAGAACUUCAAACCAGGUGCAGCCUCCCUCCUGUUAGCCAUAUCAGGAAUCUCAGUGAGGUGACAGGCUCCUAGUCUUAAUCCAAACCCAGUGCUUUUUCUGUUGAUUUCUACUGGUGUCUGGAAACAAAGAAAAAAAACAAUAGUUGGGCCCAAUCCAUACCUGGCGUUGUGGAGCAGGAGGGGUGAGUACAGUAGACGCGCCCAGUAGAGAGAGAGGGUCAGCGCAGGGGGGCAGCCUGGAGAACGGGCAGGCCAACGUGGGAGGGGGCGCCGGGGAGCGGGAGAUCAUCUGGAAGAGGAGGGAGGAGGUGGUGGUCAGGGAGAGGGCGGAGGCGCUGGAGAGACAGCAGCUGGCCGACUACAUCGUGUGGAGGAAGAGAGACGGCUUCCAGGAGAGGAGCAGAGCAGCCGCAGGAGGAGAAGGAGCUGGAGCCAGGGAGAGAGGUGCGAGGGACGCGGAGAAAGUAGGGAAGGAGGCGGUGCCGGAAAUCAUCUGGAGAAAGAGGGAGGAGGAAGGCCAGGCAGAGAGGAAGGGAGCCCAAGCCAGUCAGAGAGCACACGAAACCGUGUGGAGGAAGAGGGAGAGAGAGUGAGAGAGAAAAAAUAGGAGUUGGAUGAAAAAACUGUUUUUAAAGGAAGUGAACUAGACUGGGCAUACGUCCGUAGGUCUCCUCCUCCUACGUCAGUCUAUUUUUACUCCCGGCCUGCAGGUGCACAGUGAAAUAUUUACCAGGGCGGGGGCAUGUGAGCGAGUGUGUUGUAAAUGUGUGUGUCUGUAUGUGAGUGUACGUGUGUCCCCACCUGAUAUGCUCUUAGGCAGCUAAUUGGAUUUUAUGGGCCCAUGCCAGGCCGCAAAGUACUGCCACAGGGAGCUGCUGCACACAUACUGUACAUGUGUCCACAUAUAAUGCAAACACUGACAAGCACACAUUGAAACUGACUGGCAAGGGGGGAAAUAGGAUUACUCCUGCAUGUACAUAUGCACACAAUAUCUCUUAAUACAGCAAAACACACGCUGUGUAUCCGAUGCCCUACCGUGAGACGUCACUCAUGCUGAUUCUCCAUGGUGCUUGCUACGGCUGGAUCUCUCACAGGGAGCUGUCUGGCUCGGGCCUGAGACACCCACAGGUUUACUUUUUACAUUAUAGCAAAAAACAAUGAUAAGCGCUGAACUUCCCGUACCCUUUCCCCGGAGAACACAAACCCUGAUGCAGUUUGAAGACCUAAAGACAACAUGAUCUGCGCUGGUCCCGCCAACGCUCACUUUCUUCAUCAGACUUCAGGCGCACACUGGAAAACACUGCAGCAACCCUGGACCUCACUAGGCUCUUCUGUAUCCGCAGAUAAAGGUUUUGUUUUGAAAGGCUUUUGUGUUGGCCGCAGUGGGAGCUGAGACACGAGGACAGAUGGACACAGCUCAUACACUGAGCAAGAUAACCAGAUGGCUGGGUGUGAAGGAGUGCUUUAAACACCACCAGACAUAAACAAAAAAAAACUGCAAUUCUAGCGCCUGUGAAGAUUCACAGAAAAUCGUGCAAUGGAGCUCGUCCCAAAAACCAAGUACACCUUUUUUCGGAGUGAAUCUCUGAGCUCCACUGAUGAGACAAACUCCAAUCCCUCCUCUCUCCCACCCUCCACUCCGGCCACCCCCUUUAGCCCUUCACCGGGCCUGCCCUCGUCCUUCUCCUCCUCCUCUCUCACCCCCAUCCUGCCUCCGUCGUCCCCCCGCCCGGCCGAGAACAGCCCCACCACGCUGUGCUCCUUCUUCCCCAGGAUGGGCUCCCUCCGCCUGGGGGUCUCUGCCACCCUGCUCCCUGGCCGCUGGGCAUCCAGCAGGCCCCAGUCGGCGUCCGGCCGGCAGCCGGCCGUGCGGUUGUCCGGGGACGAGCGGAGCAGCACGGGCUCCUCCCCGCCGCCCGCUCUCCGGCUGUGUCACCCCCUCCUAACGGCCCCCUCUCCCCCACCUCGCCCCCCCCUGCAGGACAUGAACCGGCUCGGCGGGGCGUCCAGGCGGGCGCGGGUGGAAGGCGGGCAGCUGGGCGGAGACGAGUGGACCCGCCACGGCUCGUUCGUCAACAAGCCCACCCGGGGCUGGCUGCACUCGGACAACGUGGUCAGCACGGCGGGGGUCUCCUACAGCGUCAGGUACAUGGGCUGCGUGGAGGUCCUGCAGUCCAUGAGAGCCCUAGACUUCAACACCAGAACUCAGGUCACCAGAGAGGCCAUCUCGGUGGUUUGUGAGGCGGUACCCGGAGCUAAAGGAGCCCAGCGCAGGAGAAAGCCAUCUUCCCGCUGUCUGACGUCCAUCCUGGGGAAGAGCAAUCUGCAGUUUGCCGGCAUGACAAUCAGCCUGACGGUGUCCACCAGCAGCCUGAACCUGCUGGCGGCCGACUGCAAACAGAUAAUCGCCAAUCAUCAUAUGCAGUCCAUCUCGUUCGCCUCUGGAGGAGACCCAGAUACGGCAGAGUAUGUAGCGUACGUGGCCAAAGACCCCGUCAACCAGAGAGCGUGUCACAUCCUGGAGUGCUCCGAGGGCCUUGCACAGGAAGUGAUCAGCACCAUUGGCCAGGCGUUUGAGCUGCGCUUCAAACAGUACCUAAAGAACCCCCCCAAGCUGGUCACACCCCACGACAGAAUGGCUCCGUUCGACGGCUCUGCGUGGGAGGAGGAGGAGGACGAGGCCGCUGCCCCCCCCGAGGUCCCGUACUACAACAACUUCCCCGGGAAGCAGCCUCCGCCUGGGGGGCUGGUCGACAUGAGGGCCCGGCCCGGGGCCACGCUGCCCUAUGUCCAGCAGGGGCAGAACGACAUCCACAAACAGCCCCUUCCUCCUCUGCCAGUAGGGGCCAAAGAAGGUGGGCGGGAGCUCUUUGACGACCCAUCGUACGUCAAUGUGGAUAAACCCCGCCCUCUAGCAUCUGCGGCCAAUGGAAACGCUCAUAGAGAUGCAUUUGACAUGAAGCCCUUCGACGAUGCCCUCGGGGUCUCUGGGGGUCUUGGCCCGGUGUCGGCGGCGCCCCCACUGGUGGAGCAGCUGCAGUGCGAGACCUGGUUCCACGGCAGCCUGAGCCGCAGGCCGGCGGAGAGGCUACUGACGCGGGACGGGGACUUCCUGGUCCGGGAGUCCGGGACCACGCCCGGGCAGUACGUCCUGACGGGCCAGCAGGGAGGGCAGCCCAAGCACCUGCUGCUGGUGGACCCUGAGGGGGUGGUGCGUACAAAGGACCACCGAUUUGAGAGUGUGAGUCACCUCAUCAGCUACCACAUGGACAACAGGCUGCCCAUCGUGUCCGCGGGCAGCGAGGUGUGUCUGCAGCAGCCGGUGGAGCGCAGGACCUGAUCGCACACACACACACACACACACACGCACACAUAUAUACAUACACACAGAACCAUACACACACCUGGAUGUGGAGAUAUGUACAACCCUGCAUUUACAAACCGAACCCUACCGCACAUAAACACUCCCAAAAUGAUACACUCCUGAGGAAACUCCCUAGGCAAACGUAUAACAAAAGUGUGGUCGGUCCAUAUACAAAAGCAACACUACACAACCACACGUGCAGACUUUUGAACUUACAAUAGACAAAGCAAUCGCAAAAGAAAAACCAAGAAAAAAUGACCUCUGCCAAAUUCCGUUGCUUACUGCUGUCGCAGGCAACAUGCUGCUGUCUUUGGACAGCAAGACUGUGAACUCUGCCAUGUCUCUCCCUCCUACCCCCUCUCUGAAAUUCCUCAUCUAGCAAGUCAAAGUGCUGCUGCAAUGUCUUACAGCCUACUGGGAACCUGGUACCAACCCCCCCCCCCCCCCCCACCUGCUAAAUCCAGCUUGGUAUCUAAGUAUUGGUCACUAUUCAAAAUGGCAGCCACUCAUUUGUGAAUACUCAAAAUGAUAAAAAAAGAUAACUUAAUUGUUGAAAUACAGAAGAGUCCUAUAAGGGGCGAGGAGAGGGGAGUCGUUUGGGGGGCUGAGCAUGCCCUAGAUGCUUAGGUUGGGUCCAUUGGAUCGGUUGUACCUCGUCUUCUAGAACGCAAUGGGGCUAACAAGAUGAACCCUGCUCAGUGAGGAUGUAUUGCAAAGUUUGUUUCCGCUCAAAUCAGGACUACUAUGCAGUCUCCGACACUGUCACAACCCUUUUAAUGACUUUUGAACUGUUGAACCCCCAAUCCCCUCCGAAUGACGUUUGGCGCUGGGCAGCCUGGGCAGCCUGUAUGCAAAAAGGGGGGAUUGAUAUGCCAAUGCACCCUUUCUCAGUAACCAUCGUGUUCUACACACAAGUUGUAUUUUGCUAUUCCUAUGCCAAUAUCAAUUUGUCAGCCCCAGACUUGCUUUUGAUAUCACAGAUCUCAUGUUAAGCACCGUCCAUACUGCUGUCUGCCCUCCUCCCAGCCCCUGAUGCACACACAUGUGUUCACCUUCUCUGCACUCCAACGUUCUAACCAACACCAAAGAAUGGGUUGAGUUUGGUUGCCCAAGGUGGAGAAAAUCCAUGGAGCUUUUCAUUAACCGCUAAAGCCAACCGCAUGUUUAUCUGUUUGCUGUGCGUACGUAAGAGCGGUGCUCAGCAAACAAAUCCACUCUGUUGUACAGGGAACGCGCUCGGACACUGUCUGAGUUCAGCGCCAUCGAAAGGAGAGCCCAUCGCAAAUUACUUAUGAUGUCAUCUAAAGACGUAAUUUAUUCAUUGUAAGAGAUUGUGAGCAAGUUCAUGCUGACAUUUGGCUUGUCAAUGUUUUCAUCUGGUUUUUUUUAAAAGUUUGCAUAGACAAUCUGUGACACUGUCUCUUUGUGCUUUGGAAGAACAAUUUAAUGGUUGGCUCUCCCGAUGCGCGUGGUCCCUUGAGCAGUCUGAGCAAUGAAUUUUCCUCUGCAAAUGUGACGCUUCUGUUUGGUUGUAUGUUUGCAUUUAGCUGUUUUUGGACCUUUUCAUACAGGGAGGAGGGUUUAUCGAGGCUUGUUUUUUUAAAGAAAACAUUUUUGCUGCAUUGCUGUUAUUAAUCAAAUGUUUUAGCCUUACUUUUGCUUGGAGAAGUCAGAGUACUGUUCUUAGUCUCUAUCUCUCUCUCUCUCUCUUCCUCUCUCUCUCUCUCUCUCUCUCUCUCUCUCUCUCUCUCUCUCUCUCUCUCUCUCUCUCUCUCUCUCUCUCUCUCUCUCUCUCUCUCUCUCUCUCUCUCUGUCUCUGUCUGUCCGAGUGUUUUCUAUCUAUUACUCUGUGCCUUGUUUGUUUAAUGUGGUCAUGUUGCUUCAAUGCAGUCACCUGAUGUGCUUAGUUCAACAGUAGUCGUCAACAGGAGAACUUUAACACACACCUCAAGAAAAAAAAGGACACUCCCAGAUCAAACACACAUCGCCAGAGUCUGUGAUGGCAAUCUCUCUCUCCUCCUUAUGCACCUGCUAAGGUUAAUAGCUUGUUGUCAUGGUAACCUGAUGUCACUUUGUUUGCGGGGGGUUCUUCCCUGGCCAUAUCUUAAUAUUGACGAUCUCCCUCUGGGAUGGGUGGUUAUUAAAGACACGUGUGUUUUGUAUACACUUCUGAAGCCAGACAUCGAGAGAUUCCAGGUAUCGCUCUUAUUAGUCCAGUAAACUCAGUUUAAAUAUACCAGAUUAAUGGCAAACUAUUGUUAGGAUUUGUAGUCCUCCACCGUGACUGUUGACCGUUAGAGGUGACUCUUUUGUGUUUUACCAAAGGGACAGCCAGGUCUGUCACGACUCCAUCUAGUUCAGGGGGUCAUGUAGGUCACAAAAAAAGGGUUUGUGUGUUAAUGUCGGUGUUUGUGGACGGACCCUUGUCUGUAAUCAGUGAAUCAAUCUCGUGUUCUCAUUACUCAUCACAGUUGCCUUUUGUUGCAUGAUCAUACUUUUUACAUUUCUAGUUGUCGUUGGUGGUGUUACUGUGUAUGAUGUUGAUGUACCUUAUUGUAUUAAUUUGUUUAUGGAAGCCAAAGGUUACUUUUAAUUAUAGCCUGCACAAACGUUGAUUUUUACUUUCUUGCUUUUUUUUUUAAACAUGUCUGUUUACACCUGUAUCUGUAAAGAAAAAAAAACUUGCAUAUAUAAAUACAUAUAUGAUUAAUCUGC